AUGGAAUUCAAAGGCUUCUGGUUCUUGGCCAUUGUCCUAAUUUCAGGACUCUCCCGCACCUCUACUGAAUACGUCGGACUCUCCCCUAACCAGUGCGCGGUCCCACCAAACUUGAGAGUGGACUGUGGCUACCCCGGGGUCUCCCCGCAGCAGUGCAACAACAGAGGAUGCUGCUUCGAUUCCACCGUGCCCCAAGUUCCCUGGUGCUACUCUCCGCUCCAGGAAGAAGAAUGCAUAUUUUAAAGGGACUCAUUCCUCCUGGAAAUCUUCCACUAUGAAAAUAAUUCAUCUACAUUCUCUGCUGAUUCCGGGGCCAUUUCUGCUCUCAUGUUUUCACCUUUUUCUUCAGAGCACUGACUUGGGAAAAAAAGAGUUUCAUAUUUCA